GCAGAGCGCUACCGGCGUAGGCAACUCCGCAUGGCAGCAAGCACGAGCGAACAAUAAGCAAAAUCCGAAGUAGGUUAGUCUUGUGCAACAAACUAGUUUGGUGCCUGUGAAGACUGCUGUUGCCGUGUGUGUAAAAAAGUAUAACUCGCCGCGUCACAUUGGGAGGAGAUAGUGAUGAUUCACCGGCAGCUCUGGGGUUUAUAAACGCAACAGGGUGCAGUCAGUGCAGUUCUGCCGUUAUCCCACACAAAGACAACGAGUCAGCCUAUUCUGAGACCUUUGUUUAUAGGCAGCACAUCCAAGUCCCUGAUGGGAUGUCCGCAGUCACACUGGAGAGAGAUAACAGGAAGAUAUCUUUUCUUUAUUUCUAAAUAAGUGUCCCUAGCCAAACAACCCUACAACCCUGUUGUAAUUUCAUCAUAAAAGCCUUGCUCACAGGACACCGGCUAAAUCUAGGUCUAAUAUCUUUUUUUACAAACCAAAACUAAAGUAAAUAAUCAGAUUUGUGGUUGUGGUGUAUGUUGGGGCCUUUCCCCAGCUGUCAAUGGGAAUGUACUUAAAAAAAUACCUGACCGAGGGCCUUAUUCAGGUGGCCAUCCUGCUUAGCUUAUGUGGGAUGCGUGUGGAUGUGGAUCCAUACCUGCCCCCUCUGCGGGAGAUCAUCCUUGGGCAGAGCUCUGCCCUGACGCAGACGCAGUUCCACAACCUCCGCAACUCUCUGGAGGGCCAGGACCUCCACCCCAAGAGUGUGGACCUCGAUGGCUUCUUCACUGCCCGCAGGCUUCUCGGCUGGGUGCGCUCCCUGGAUCGCCUGCAGCUGCCCACCACAGAGCUGGAGGCCUGGCUGGUUCACCGGGAGCCUGAGCCUCUGGCACCUGUGUCUGGGCAGGCUGGACAGCUGGAGGGCACCACCGGGUUGGACGGCUCUGGAGAUCUGCCAGACCUGGGCCUGAGAAUAGGAGGAAGUGGAGGUGGAGGAGGAGGUGGUGGUGGAGGAGGAAUUGGAGAGCUGGGUUAUGGACAAAUUGCUGUCGACAACGACACCGCCCCAGGCGCUGUAGCUCCACUCCCGAGAAGUGGACAACAGGACGGCAGUGACUUCAUCAAAGAGGAGGGUGAUAUUUUGAACUUCCUGUGGCCUCAGGAAGCAGAUCCAGGUCCGCAAUCUGACAGCCCUGGUUACGGACACCACCGGCCACCGUCAGAACCUCUUCUGAGUUCUUUUGAUGAGGAGGAGGACGAGGAUGAGUUCCGUGCUGACAUUUGGACAACUGGAGGGCAGCAUCACACUUAUGGGGACCUUCCGUUUGGGGCAAAUGUACAAGAGUUGAUGGGCCCAGAAGUGGACACUUCACUGUCCCUACAGGAGUGCUUACAGCUACUGGAGGACACCUCUACUUUAGGGCAAGAGGCAGAGCUGCCUGACCCAGAGCUGAUGGGACUGGAUGAAAAUGUCUCAUUCUCUGCCCAGAGGCCCCUCCUGUCUCCCCUCAUCCCAGGGGACUCAUCGAUGGAACUGGAGCAGCAGUGGCACGAUCUUCUGGCCAUCAUGGAACCCCAGGAUAUGGAGUUGGAUGAGCCGCCGCUGAAUUCUCCGGCCAGCAAUGACGUUCAUGCAUCAGCCACUGGGUCAUUGGAUACAUUGCUUCAUCAAGAUGUAAGCCUGCACCAAGCCUCUGUGCCCAGAGUGCUCGAGGAUGCCAUGGCGGGAUUGUCCCAUUUGGAUGCUGUCCAGACACCUUCAACACAACACCACUACUCAAGCAACUCUUCCGACAGCACCUUUGGUUUUGGGCCUCCUCAAAUAGCAGAUCUCUUGUUGCCCCCUGUGCUGAAUGGCACUGCCAGGAACGAUUCCGAUUUGGUCGAUCCUGCUCUGCUGAUGAACCUUCUAGAGGAGCCAGCUUUGGCCAGUCCUCUCAGACCCCUGCUAGAGGAGUCCCUGUUGGACGAGAUUAGUUUAAUGGACCUGGCCCUGGAGGAAGGCUUCAACCCCUCUCAGAUGAGCCAGCUGGCCGAGCACCUCGAGGACUCCGACUCAGGGCUCUCCCUAAAUUUCAGCCACAGCCCUGCCUCCCCGAGUGGAUCCGAGGCUUCCUGUUCUUCCUCGUCUUCAGACUCCUCUUCUUCCUCCUCGCUGUCAUCUGCAGGGUCCUUUUUCGAAGAGGGGGCUGUUGGGUAUGAUCCCGGGUAUGAGGGCAUGGAAGACUCUGAGGAGGGCGCAUUUGAAGGACACACAACAGAGACCAGCAAAGUGUGUCGGGCAAGCUACAUAGAGCCUAGCCGCUUUGAACACCUCCCGUGGCUAGACAACGUCAGCCACGAUCACACUUACAACCAGCCGCUGUCCUCGCGGCGAAAUGCAGAAAAAUCCCAAAAAGGCUGUUUUGAGGAGCCGCACGAAUUUGUGGUCCAGGAUAAGUCUACGAGUCGUGACGAGCGCAGAGCCCGUUCGAUGAGGAUCCCCUUCUCAACCAAUCAUAUUAUCAACCUCCCUGUAGAAGAGUUCAACCAGCUCCUCGCCAGGCACAAGCUGAGUGAGGCCCAGCUCACACUGGUCCGAGACAUCCGUCGGAGAGGCAAAAACAAGAUGGCGGCACAGAACUGCCGCAGGAGAAAGCUGGACGUCGUCGUUGGAUUGGAGCACAGCGUAGAGGGCCUUCGGCGUCAUCGGGCCCGCUUGCUCCGAGAAAAAGCUGAGAUUAACCGUUCGGUCCAGGAGAUGAAGCAGCGCCUCAGCAGUCUCUAUCAGGAGGUUUUCUCCAGACUGAGGGAUGAAGAAGACAGGCCUUACUCCAGGCAGGAAUAUUCGCUUCAGUUCAACACAGACGGCCGUGUCGUUCUGUCCCCCAACACCACGAGAUCACAGUCAAGAUGCAAGCCCGGCAAGAAACAGAAGGACAAGAGGAAGUGAGUGGCUGAACUGAAAUCGAUGUAAAAAGAUUGUUCUCAGGACUCCGGUACUGGAGCGAGAAAUUCCUCCUACAUCUCCGUGGAGGUGGUUCUUCCCAUUGAAAACUGUUCUUAGAGAUGAAGGUCAGAAAAUUACAUUGUAAGUAACAGACUGCAUUCAUUUGAACAGGAUGGGAACAAUAGGACAAAUGAGAGUGCAAAACUCUGAUGUCUCAUCAUAAUCAUUAGAGCAAAGCUGCUGACAAAAAAAACCCUGAAACACUGCAGAAAUAGGACAGUGGCACACAUGGGUGUGCUUUCAAACAAACAACACAGACCUCUGAGUGAAAGAAAACAUUGUUAUGUCUAUGCUGACCGGACACCAAAGACAGUUGAAUUGAGAACUAUCAGAAAAAAAUAUAUACUUUGCAAUGAGAUCACCGCAGUGGGCAUUCAGGAGUGGUGAAAUCCACCAAAAUGAUCUCCAUGCUACCCCAUGAAAUACUUGACAUGUUUUGUUGCUUGUGUGUUCACUUUUAUAACAAACUCACAACGGUGAAAGUUAGGAGGCUGUU